CGUAUAAUCCGCUUAACUGAAUGCACUGACAUGGAUUUGGUCAGCGAAGUGUUGCGACUUCUGCAGACCAUCAGUAAGCGUUCAAAAUUUUUGACGCAAAGAUUAUGCCCUGAAGAUCAGGCGUCCCUCGUGAUGAGUCUCACAGCGAUGGCUCAGUGCUGGGGAGGUAAAUUACGAAAUUUGAAAAUGGAAGAUUGUGUACGAAGUGAUGUGAAGCUUCCGCCCUUGUUUCCAUUUACCUUCACAGACAGUAAAGCCAAAAAUUCCAUUGUUUUCGAACGUCACAUGGUGAAUCAGCCGCUGCUCAAGGUCGUGGACGAAUUCGCGGCAGGGAUGACACCGGAGGAUCGAUACAGCUUACUGGCCAGAAUACGAAUGUUACGGAAUUUUGAAAUUCGUGAACAUCGAAUGCAAUGUCUCAUAGUACGACUGCUUUCAAUAUCUACCUUAAUAUACUGCAAAUGUCAGCCGGACGAGGUCCAGAUCAACGCUUUAUUGUACAAUGGUUUUAUCGAAGAGGCUGUGGCCUUGUUGAAAGUUGAUUUAAAUUCGCACGAGCUUAUGGAUCCCAUUCAAACAGAAGCACUGCGGAUGUUAUGCAGUGUUGUGUCGUUAGAGAAAGUUAGCAGAUUUCGUGAUGAUUUUGUGGUCAACAUCCCAUGCGGCAAAGUCAUACUUCAAUGA